AUGAAGUUCAAUCCCGGGGAUUUCGUUCGGCGAUUGGACCCGAUGGUUGCAAGCGUCAGCGCCAAGGAUAAGAAAGGAUGGACAGCCUUACACUGUGGAGCUUGGAAAAACAACGUGGAUGCUGUUCGUGUGCUGCUGGAGAAGGGCGCUGAUGUAAAUGUACAGAAUCAGGAUGGGUUGACACCUUUGCACUGUGCAGCUCUGAAAAACAGUGCGGAUGUUGUUCGUGUGCUACUGGAGAAGGGCGGUGAUAUCGGUGCACAGGAUAAGAAUGGGUGGACACUUUUGCACUGUGCAGCCCAGAGUAACAGUGUGGGUGUUGUUCGUGUGCUACUGGAGAAGGGCGCUGAUAUCGAUGUACAGGAUAAGAAUGGGUGGACACCUUUGCACUAUGCAGCUUGGAAUAACAGUGUGGAUGUUGUUCGUGUGCUGCUGGAGAAGGGCGCUGAUAUCGAUGCAAAGGAGAAGAAUGGGCGUACACCUUUGUACUGUGCAGUCCGAAAAGACAAUGUGGGUGUUGUUCUUAUGCUGCUGGAGGAGGGUGCUGAUAUCGAUGCACAGGAUAAGAAUGGGUGGACACCUUUGUACUGUGCAGUCCGAAAAGACAAUGUGGGUGUUGUUCUUAUGCUGCUGGAGGAGGGUGCUGAUAUCAAUGUACAGGAUAAGAAUGGGUGGACACCUUUGUACUAUGCAGCCUUGAAUAACAGUGUGGAUAUUGUUCGUGUGCUGCUGGAGAAGGGCGCUGAUGUCAGUGUACAGGAUAAGAAUGUGUGGACACCUUUGCACUAUGCAGCCUUGAAUAACAGUGUGGAUAUUGUUCAUGUGCUGCUGAAGAAGGGCGCUGAUGUUAAUGUACAGGAUAAGAAUGGGUGGACACCUUUGCACUGUGCAGCCGAGAGUAACAGUGUGGGUGUUGUUCUUAUGCUGCUGGAGAAGGGCGCUGAUAUCGAUGCUCAGGAUAAGGUUGGGCGGACACCUUUGUACUAUGCUGCCCUGAAAGACAAUGUGGAUGUUGUUCGUGUGCUGCUGGAGAAGGGUGCUGAUGUCAAUGUACAGGAUAAGGACGGGAGGACCGCUUUGCGCAUCGCGUCAGAGUUAAACCAUGCGGGCGUUGUUGUUCUGCUGGUAAAGAAGGCUGAGGAUGCCAGUGUACAGGAUAAGAGAGGCCAGAUGUCUUUGCACAAGGCAGUAACGGACGGUGAUAUAGACAGAGUGCGUCUACUCGUGAAGAAAGGAGUGAGUCUCACAACACAGGAUCAGUGUCAUUGCGGCACUGUGGUACAUCGCUACGAUGCCGUGGUGCAGUGUAUGACCGAGGCACUUUGUUACAAUGUGACCACUAAACUGAAGUACAUCGCUACGGUGCUGUGGUACUGUGUGUGA